AUGUGUACAAAAAAUUUAGAAUUGAUUCAUUUGAUUAAAGAGCUACAAUCAUGCACAGAAGAUACUAUAAUUCUGAGAAGGUUGAUAAACUAUGCUUCAUCGCAUAAACAAUUAUGGAACGACGAGAGUCUGAAACAAUGGCAACCAGUACUUACACAUGUUAUACAACUUUUUAUUCCAAACUCAGAAGUACAAAGAGAAAAAACUUUGUUAGCUUCCCACACAUUUUUUGCUUUACUUUCAAUGGAAUCUACUUUGGUUUUUCUAAAUGGUACACUUACAAAUUUUUUAACAUCGAAUUCCAAUGCAUUAUACUUCUUGAAUGAAAAAUAUAAUAUUGUUGAGUUUGAAUUAUUUAAGUUAAUUUCUGCUUAUGGCUAUUUACAAGUGAACUGUAAAGAAAUAUAUUCUAAUGAUAUUUGUUCUUUAAUUUUUUGUGUUACAUAUGAACAUUGUAUAAGGUAUACAAAACAUUCUUAUUUUGCAUACAAAGUAUUGGAAUUGUGGUUACACAGAACCAUGUGUACAAAUUUUUGGGACAUGUGUGAUUUAGCACUAGAGCAAAAACUAGAGGCAAUUAUUUUUUCAAAUUGGUGUAAUGCAAUCAAUGAGAUAAGUAAACAGAAUUCGGUGUCCAUUUUUAAUAUGUACCUGAAAAUCAUGGAAAAGAAAUACAAUGGAUAUUUGGAGUUUGUGUUUAAACAUUGCAUCGACAGAAUUUCUUGGCAAAACGAAGUAAAAUACGAUAUACUAGCAGAAAUUUGUAAUGUUUGGGAUAAUAUUAACAUGAUGACAUCCCGUGACUUUUUGCUAUCUUUAUCUACUAGUUUAACAAAGUAUAAUUUACGUUCAGCGGGUACAAAAGCUUAUAUUGCCAUUAUAAAGAAAAUAACGGAGGAUGAGUGGAAGACAGCUUUUGGGUGCAUAAUGAAUUAUCUGUUUCAUCAUUGGGAAACAACAGAAAAUGCUAACUAUAAUGCCCUUCAAUUACUCUGUAAACAUUGGCUUGAACCAAUUAUAAAAAAAUACAAAAGCAUAUUGCCAUACUUAUGGAAUCUUACUAGAGAUAUCUAUGGAUAUUUCCUACGUUCACAUCUUCAGAGAAUAGCCGGAGAAGUGCACAUCGAUCUCCCACAGAAACCAAACAUCGAAUGUUACAUAAAUCAUAAAAAUGAGGUUGUAAGAUUGAAUGGUUUUGCCAUAAGUUGUUACGAGGUGAACAAUCUAUAUGAUAAAACCAAGGAUCAGUUCUUUACAACAAGGAAUUUCUUAUGGCAUAAUGCAAACAGUACAACAGUGUGUAUGAGAGAUGGAAUUGUUAGAUAUUUUAAAGUAUUUUUUGCCAGUGUUUUAAAGAUGUGUGAUACUAAGCCAGAUUGCAUAAAUGAUGUGUUUUAUAUUACGCAUUGGUUGCAUGAAUUUUUGUUGGAUUGUUUCGAAAUUGGUUCCUGUUAUCAACGAAAAAUACUUGGUUUAAACUUAUAUAAGGCUAUGCUUUCUUUUACUAAUGCCAAUGGUCUGAAUAAAUUCAGCAAUAUUGAGAAUGCAUCCUGUACUUUGUUAGUACAAAAGCAUCUAAAAGCGACCGAUAAUUGGCAGUUCACAAAUAAAGCCAGCUUAUUUUGUUUAUUAAGACUUGUAUUAGAUUCUGCACUUGAUGUCAAGCAACUAAGUAAUUCCAUCAUUCUUGAUUAUUUCGACUUGAAUAUUUUAACCAAUUCGGAGAAACAAAUAUUAUAUAGAGUGGCAUUGAAAUAUAGCAAUUCGUCAAAGUUUUAUGAAAUUGAAAGUGGUACUGCUCUGAUUUCAAUUCUAGCAAAUUGGCUACCUUUCGAUAUUCUGGCUGAAUAUAUAAGUUUUAAUAACUGCUCAAGUUACACAGAUUUUUUAUUUCAUGAAGCUGCAAGUCAGUUAACAGAGAUGAAACAAGACAUACUAAAGGCAAUAGUUCAGAAUAAACCGUUUUAUGGAGUCUUAACUGCUUUAUUGAACAUUACCUUUCGAAAUGGUCCCGAAAACAGUUGUUUAACUUUAGAAUUUGUUAAAAAACUAUUACAUCUGUUGAAGGACGCUUCUAACUUCUUUCUGUCUAUACUUUCUUCAAAGUCUGAAAAUACAGAAUAUUCAUCUUCAUUCGCAGAAAUGGGAUUAGCAAUUGAUAAUGCUAUUAAGAAUAGCAAAGUUGAUAACAUUGACUUUGAGGAGUUGUGUUUAACUCCUGCUCAUCAGGUUCUUAUUUCUUGCAUUUGGAUGUCUUUAAAGGUCUCUUGUGAAAUAGCUUCUGAGAUAGGAACAUUAAGGUAUUCUUAUGAAACAGUGAAAUGCUCUGCUGAUAUUAUUGUAACUGUAUUACUCAGAUGUAGACACAAAGGUGUAGUGGAAGCCGCGGGUACAGCAGUAGGACAUUUAACUAGAUGUUUAUGCAAGGAAGCUGAGUACUAUGAUUUACCAAAAAUGCACGUGUUACGUAUCCUAGAAGAUAACGCCAUGAACUCUUUAAACAUCACCCGAAGAGGUGCAGGAUUAUCAAUAAUGUUUCAUAGAAUCGUCGUCAGUGAUAAUCGAAGAGAUAGACCGCUUUUGCAUUUUGCGGUACAAAGAUUGUUAGACUUGCUGGAUAAUAUCUCUGAUGUCUCUCCAAAAAGUGUCGAGUGUCAACAUGAUUCUCCCUGUGCAAGACGUUUGCAUUUCUUGCGUGCUUUGGUAGCUGAUAAAGAAAUACACGCACAAUUAAUUCCAUAUAUGGAAAGGAUUUCACUGACUUGUUUCAAGUACUUGGAGUCUGAAAUAUGGACUAUAAGAAAUGCAAGCCUCCAAUUGUUUGGUGCAAUAGUUCCGAGAUUGGUGGGCCAAAGUUAUGGACAGUCUGUGGACUUUGGAAACGGUUAUCCCAUUAAUCAUUUUGUCACACAUUAUCCUAUACUCGCGAAUUAUGUUAUGAAAGAAGUGCAAAAUUUUUCAUCCACAUUCAUGGAUUUUUCUACCGCAUUAUAUUUGCACUCAAAUGUCGUACACAUCCUUAUACUUCUUUCUAAGUUUUCAAACAGUGGUUCUAAUUUGAUCGAUUAUUCUUCCGAAGAAUUUGUAUCAAAGAUGAAGCAUUUAUUACGUACAUUGUUUAAAAAUCCCGUUUUAUACGUUAGACUUCUAGCUGCAAAAGCCUAUGCAGCAUUGACAGACUUCUUAAAUAUUGAAUGUGAGAUUAUGGAACUGAAGCAUCAAGUUUCCUUGAGUAAAAAUGCCAAUUUGAUCCACGGUUAUUUAUUAACGAUGAAGUAUCUGAAAGAAAAACUGUUGGUUGAAGUUAACAAUAUAAGUUUGGAAUCGGCUGCAGUAGAAUAUGUAAAUCAGGAACCCAAGCAAUGCGCAGAAUUGUUACGAUUACGAAAAAUAUUACAAAUUUGGGGUAUUAUACCCGCAGGGGAAAAUAAAAUAUGCUACAUAUUAGAAGUGCUCUGUUUACAAUUGUCGGAGUCUAUUUCCGAUAAACUGGAUUCCACAGACAUAUUUUGCUUCGAUCAAAAUAUCUCUGUGUUAUCUUCCGAAAGGAUAAAGCCGGGAUUUUUUCAGUUUAUUGAUCAUUCUACAAAAUUAUAUGCAGACUAUGUUAGACGAACUAAUUUUAUUGACACUGAUACUUUGCAUAAAAUUUUAGUCUCCCAUUGUAUUGAUCAAAGCAGUUCCUUCUUAAAUAAUGUAGGGAGUUGUAUGCCAGUUUUGAAAAUUGUUCUCGAACAUUUAUUAUUAAAUGAACAUAAUUGCAGUGAAUUGCAUGUAAAUGCAAUGGUAACUUAUGCUCUCGACACUUUAAAACAUUUAUCAUUAUCCGAUAUGAGUAAAUUGAAUAUGAAAAACUUUGUGAAAAAUUUAUCCUUUGAAACAAGAGAAAGUGUAACAAAUUCUAAACUAUGGCGUUUGAAAUUUAUACUAAUAAUAAUGUAUUCUGAUAAUGAUAUAAUUAUAAACCGGAUAUUAUCCCAUGUUCUGAAUUUAUGUGUUCACGAAGAGGAGUAUAAGAGACAAAUAGCGGUUGAAUUAAUACAAUUUUCAAUUCGUCGCUUUGCAGAACUAACAAACGCAAACAAGCUAACGGUUUUGCACUGCUGUUUGAUUUUGUUGAAGGAUGAAAUUUCAGAAAUACGCGAUGGUAUUGCGGAGAAUUUGAGAGCACAUAUUUUACAAACAAUUGAACACGAUGAAUGUAUGUAUCAAUCAUUAUUAAAGCGAGUAAUGCUUGGUCGACCAAAAUUUGUUACGAAUAAGGAUAUGAAUCUAUUUUUUCUGAAACUAUUCACACAUAGUAUUAAAAACUUCGACGUUAACGCAGCAAUUGAAAAUCCUUUCUACCAUGACGACAAUCCUGCUUAUAGGGAGGAGUCGAAGUUUUUAAAUCUUUGUUUCUAUUACAUACGAGGAAAUAAGUACAAUUCGGACAAGUGCUCUGCAGAAAAUACCGCAAGAAACAAUAAUGAGAGACUCAUUGAUGUUUUAGAUAAGAUGGAGGCGAAAUAUCGACUUCAGCAAGAAUGUCUAUUCGAUAACACUAACUUAGAUAUUGUAUUAAAUAUUAAAUACGUAGAAUAUUUAUUACGGAAGCAAAAAAUUGUAAUACAAGAGUACAGUUAA